CGCCAAAUCUUUGCUUUUGGAUACUAGUAUAGAGUCAGACUGAAGAAUCCUCUACUGCUCCAGCUCAGUGGUUAUCACUAACAUCAACUGGGGAUCAAUCGCGAAGUCACCUUACGAUCACUGCACUGACGAGAGUUAGAUUUCUGCAGCUCCGUGGACCUGAAACCAGUCGCCAGGCUGUGUUUGGCGCUGCGAGUAGAGAGGGUGCGCCCGGACACAUACAGUGGGCGAAGCUGCCCUCAAAAAUUGUCAGUGGCCGUGGUCUCUAGGUUCAGCCCUAGCCUAGGCCAUCAUCGUAUCCGCAGCCCUCUCCUUCUCUCUGCCUACCAUCUGUGCCAGGGAAGGAAGGAAGGAAGGAAGACAGGACGGUUAGCUCUCCCAAGCAGAGCUUGACCACUCGACGACAGCCAGCGGCAGUGGCGAAGGGCAGGCUACGGGACGGCGGAGUAUGGCGACCAGCGGUUCGGAUAAAUCCAAGUGGCGCAGUCGGCUCUCGCUAUCUUUACGGCAGAGGUCGCGCGAUGCGGAGGCCUUCAGUGAGAUGGAGGAGCAUGUUCUGGGUGAACAGCACGAUGAGUACGCGGCCACUGCAUCCACCAAGUUUCUCUCCGAUUCUUCAUACGGCUAUGAAGAGCGGGAAGAGAGCGGAUACAACACAGGCGCCAGCAUGGACGGUGACUUAGCCAUGCAGGCAACAUCAGCGUCGGGAUUCACGCUUCCCAAUGUCUUCCGGCGGCCUAAGGCACCUGGUGACAGCUACAAGGCAAAGGAUAAGAAGCGUCUGUCCCUGCCUCCGAAUCUGCAGCCAGGUGUUAGUGGCGGCGGCGAUGGUAGAUAUCCACUUGAUGAGCAGGAGUUUGCUCGGAUGAUGGACCGCGGUGGUCAGUCGCUACCCGGCAGUGGUGCAUCAACGCCGCAGAGACGAUCCUACAGUAUGUCCGUACCCUCCUCGCCAACCAAUAGCAUGUCACCAGCCAUGGACUUGAAUCGACCGAUGAGCCGACUGGUUCGACGCAGAUCGCUGAGCGACAUGGGAUUUGGGAAGAAGGAGACAUACGAGAAGUUGGACAAGCUUGGAGAGGGCACCUAUGCGUCAGUGUUCCUUGGAAAGAGCAGCUUGACUGGUCUACCAGUGGCCCUGAAAGAAAUCCGACUGGAGCACGAAGAAGGAGCACCGUGCACGGCCAUCAGAGAAAUUUCCCUAUUGAAGAACUUGAAGCAUUCAAACAUCGUCACUCUCCAUGACAUUGUCUACUCACCUGGCAUGCUGAUGAUCGUCUUUGAGUAUGUGAAGCGAGAUCUCAAGCAGUACAUGGACAUGUGUAAUGGACUGCUGCACAUGGACAACAUCAAGAUCUUCCUGUUUCAGAUUAUACGAGGUCUGGCCUACUGCCACAGUCGGGCUGUGCUGCAUCGGGAUUUGAAACCACAGAAUCUGCUCAUCAGCGAAGUCGGGGAGCUGAAGCUGGCUGACUUUGGCCUAGCCCGUGCCAAAACAGUCCCGUCCAAAACCUACUCCAACGAAGUUGUCACCCUCUGGUAUCGUCCACCCGAUGUUCUCCUGGGCAAUACCAAGUACACUGGCAGUAUUGAUAUGUGGGGAGUCGGCUGUAUCUUCUUUGAGAUGGUGUGUGGCAGGCCAGUGUUCCCCGGGUCAGACGCAGAAAAUGAGCUGGCCUUGAUAUUCAAGGCAAUGGGAACACCGAAUGAGAAGACGUGGCCGGGAAUCGAGAAGAACGAAAAGUUCGUAGAAGGCAACUUCGCGCUGUAUAUUCCUCACCCUAUUCAAGUGCUGGCACCAAGGCUUUCCAUCAAUGGUGCCGACCUACUCAAGAAGUUGCUUGAUUACUCACCGGACACGAGACUGACCGCUCUCCAGGCAAUGAAGCAUCCAUACUUCUUUGCCCUGGGCGAGGAGGUGCAGCGAAUCCCCCACAUGACAAGCAUCUUCUCCAUUCAGGGAGUCGAGCUGAGACCGGACCCAGGUUACGUUCCGCCCGAUGCGGAAGAAGAAGAAGAAGAAAAAGAAGACUCUGAUGUUGAUGAUCUGGAGGAUUAUUACAAUGAGAUGGAUCGUGGUGUCUAAACUGCGUCAAGUGAAGUCAAACCGAAGUGUGACAAGUCCGUCCACGCAUAGACACUGUCCUCAUGGAUAUAAAGUGGAAUACAACGCUGAACGCUGGAAACUGGACACCUUGACUUUUCCCUGUGUCCCAAUUGAAACAACUUGACCAUCUACGUGGAAACAAGGUGGUAUGAUGGCCUGAUGAACCUGAAGAAUUCAUGAUGCCGAUAUUGUAUGCAUACACAGAUGCACCUGCAGCCAGAUGAUUUUGAAUCGUAUUUCUUCGGUGCCUUUUUACUUGCGAUUUGUGCCGAAUUACUGACUCGCUUGAGUUGAGGCUGCCGUCCCCGACUUGAAACUGCCUACCUGCACACGUGUAUUUCCACUUGUGUAUAUCUAUUCACCUUGCGGUUUUGCCGCAUUGUCGCACACGCUGCUUUGCUGCACAAUGACUCUUGAACUUCCAGUCACUAUAUUUAAACAUAACUAAAGUUAAAGUA